AUAAAACAUGUCCCAAUCGCAAGGGACUCAUAAGUGACGGUCACGGACUUGUAAUGGUCAACGACAGCCUUAAGUCAUAAACCCUUUCCAUAUCUCUCAAAUUCAUCUCCGUCUGAUUCCAACCAACCAGAGGACAGUCCCUGAUCCCUCCCAAGCGGAUUCUGAUUGGUGAGUUUCACCGCCUUCUCGUAAACAAUCGAUAAUGUUCACAAAGUACGGAGUAAUAAUAUUUUAAACAUGCUUACCUAAACCCUUUCCUGCUCUUUCUCACAUAGUCUCAUUGCUUCAGAGUAAACCCGUGGGUUGUGGCUCUAAUUCCAUUUAGGUUCUUGUCAGUUCUUAAUGGCUUCACAAAUAGUCCGAGAAUGGGCUGGAAUUCAGCAGUUCCCUGCUGCCACUCAGACCAAGUUACUUGAUUUGCUGGGAAAAUUGAAGCAGGAGAAUGUGAGCUCUUUGACUAUCCUGGUGAUGGGUAAAGGUGGUGUUGGAAAAUCUUCAACUGUGAAUUCAAUCAUAGGGGAAAGAGUAGUUACUGCGGGAGCUUUUCAGACGGAAGCUCCAAGACCUGUAAUGGUAUCACGUUCACGGGCGGGAUUUACAUUAAACAUUAUUGAUACCCCUGGGCUCGUUGAAGCAGGAUAUGUUAAUGAUCAGGCUCUUGAUAUCAUAAAGAGGUUCCUUUUGAACAAGACAAUUGAUGUUUUGCUCUAUGUGGACCGCCUGGACUCAUACAGAGUGGAUAACUUGGAUUCACAGAUAGUAAAAGCCAUAAGUAAUGCUUUUGGCAAGCAAAUUUUUCGAAGAUGUAUUAUUGUGCUUACUCAUGCUCAAAUGUCACCACCCGACGGAUUGAGUUAUGAAGAGUUCGCCACCAGAAGAUCCGAGGCAGUUGUGAAGGUUGUCCGCCAGGGGGCGCGGAUGAAGAAAUCAGAGUUUCAGAGAACUCCAAUUCCCCUGGUUUUGGUUGAGAACAGCGGAAGAUGCAAGAAGAAUGAAAGUGAUGAGAAGGUUCUGCCAAAUGGAAUUGCAUGGAUACCUGAUCUUGUUAAGACAAUCACAGACAUUGUAUCACGUGGGAGAGAGGGUAUUUUGGUUGACCAACAGUUGAUUGAUGGACCAAACCCUAACGAAAGAGGGAAAUUGUUCAUUCCUCUCAUAAUAGCUUUCCAAUUCUUUGUUGUGAAACGGAUUGAGAAGGGGAUCAGGGCUGAUAUCAGAAGAGGAAGAGGAUAGGGAGAACUUCGUUGUCGUAGAACAGCUUGAAAGUUUCAUGAGGUUGUUGAAUUUUGAUUUUCUUCAAAGAGCAUUCUGUUCUAUUUCAACACUUCCCGGGAUUGCCUGCAUUUUCUUAAUGUUUAAGUUUCUCUCUGGUUUUAUUCCAGUAAUUAUGUAUACAGCUAGCCUGUUGGUUAUCUUGGUUCUUAAGUUGUGGAAGUGCUCUACAUUUAAGAAAAUAAAAAUGUGUUCUGAGUUGUUGAGAUUUAAUUGAAAAGGAAACCGUAUAAUUUUUUCCCUUGAAAGAAAACAACGAGAAUACUCAAAGAUGGGUUCUACAAGGGAAAGUGUAAAUUAAAAGGGAAUGUAGUAUUCUUCAAG